AUGAUAAAUAAGAACAAUAAACAGUCAUUAUUUGGGAAUCAAAUCGACAGCUUUCCGCAAAAUAAAAAAGUUUUAAACAAUUUAAAGCAAAUCAAGCGAAAUCUGCGAAAAAGGAAAAAAUAUGCAAAAAAUUCGAUUAACAAGAUUGUACAUCGUUGGAAUAAUUACGUGGAUGAUAAUAAUAUCAAUGAGGAGGAUAUCUCAUUGAAUGUUGCGAGAUUUCCGAUUUGGCGAGUUUCGGAAUCAACAAUUGCCUUAAUAAAUUUGGAUUCUACAACAAAUCCGUCAAUCAUGGAAACAAAGAUAAUCAAUCGAUUGUUGCUCGUGCUUGAGAGGCCGCCAUUGCAAUUAAAAAAUCGCUCUGUGGAUGAAGCUACAUUUCCUAUCGCUAGGCAACAUUCAAAUUCGCAGAGAUUACUUGAUGUGAAUGCUUCUGAGAAAAAUCUAAUACUUUCCAGAAUCGCAAGUCCGAAAUCCAAAGUUACGAUCAACAUACAAAAUGCUUUUGAAGGAUUAAAUAGUUCUAACAAGAGAUAUUUAUUAGUACCGAUUUCUAAGAAUUUGUACAUUUUAAAGAACGUUCAAGAGAGUUUUCGAACAGCUGUAGAUGGAAUAAUUAUACCUAAGCGAUAUAAAUUGUUAGAAAAAGAUAAGGACAACGUAACAUCGGCAAUCCUAUCGUUCAAGGCACAUAUGCAUCACGAUGUAAAAGAUGUAGGUAGAAUGUAUCUUCAAAGAAAUAAUCUUCAUUUAUUUGAUCACACACACAACAUGCAUUAUUUAUAUUCUACUCUUGAGACUCGCGUUUCCGAAGAAAAUGAAAAUUCUACACCGGAGAAUCCGGUGUCGCCGUCUUAUCCUAACUUCUUGUAUCCGGGUAUUGCUUUUCAGACUGAUCCCAAUUUAACUGACAUUAUUUCUAAACUUUCCGAAGAACAAGUUGUUACUCCUAUUACGGAUUAUGAAAAUAUUACCUUAGUGGAUAUUAACUUGCGUGAUGGAAUCAAUUUUUACGAUUUUUCGGCAUUUUCAUCAACUUCUUCAUUCGAUAUUUUUAAUUACGACGUAUCGUCGAAAGAAAACGCAAAUUACAGCCAACUGAGUAUGUUAUCUGCAGCAAGAUUAAAUAAGAUAAAUCAGAUUCGACAAAAUAGCGGAAAUUACAGAAACACUUUAGGAUACAACGAGUUUAAUGUCAAAUUGGCAACUACGGAUUUUCGAGAUACUUUUGAUAUGCCCGAUGAUCACAUAUACAGGCCAGCUACUUUAGAAGAUGUUAAAAUGGAUUUAAUUAAUAAUAAAAAAAUAUGUGACACGUCACAAAGUCGAGAAGAUGAUUCGAAAUUUUUAACGGAAAGCAACGGAGAUAAAUCUAUACCAGACUUUAUAGAUAACAUUUCGGCGCAAUAUAAUGCUACUUUUGACGCGUCUAUAAAUUUAGAUAAUACUUUCUUUUCAAAUAUCACUAAUAACUUUGUUAAUAAUACCACUUUAAAUAGCCAAGAUACAGAUAAAAAUAAUCAGGAAUACGAAACCUCAACUUCAAGCGAAUAUUACAAUAAAAUGUUAACAUAUUCUAAUAAUUUUUAUUACAAUAAUAAAUCUAUCGAUGAGAUGUUGUUCACUAAUUAUACUACUAAAGUGAAUUCGUUUCUUAAUGCAGAAAAUUAUGUGAUAUCUGCGCCAUUACUUUUAAAUACUGAUGAAUGGCCAUUAAAGGAAGCGCCUAAUGCAGAAAAUUCAAAUGCUUUACUAAUGGCAAUUAAACCAUUGUCCUCAGAGUUACAAAAGUUGCUAAGCGCAAUUCAGUUAGUUAAUCAAAGUAUUAGCGACGUGCAAAGUAGACUGUGCGAUAAAAAAAAAAUCAAAUUAGCGAGGAUCGAGCGAGAGAGUAAAAAUAGAAACACCACAAAUAUUGCUAAACUAGUUGAUAAAGUAGAUUAUUACAAUUCUGAUUUCUCUACAAAAUGUUUUGAUAAUCAAUCUUUGAACAAGAAACGUAUUGCAAACAAAGGUAAAAAUAAAGGUAAAAAUGUUGCAGAACGCGAUGUAAAAAUUAGAAAAACAAUUAUCUUUUUAAAUAAAUCGACUGCACCGUUUUAUAAGCACAAAAGCUCGAUUAGUGAUUCUGAAGUACAGAGCGGUCACAGAAACUUCUUCAAAAAUAAAAAAUUAAGAGAGAGAGAGUUUUCCAAAUCAAGCGACCAAUUGCUCCAUUCGAGAUUUAAUAGAAAUUUAAAGUCUCUCUCUGUGAUGAAAAAUUACGAAACACGAAUAAAGCCAAUCCGAAAGCUUAUCGGAUUGAAAAACAUAAAACGUACAACAACGCCAAUUUUAAGAUUGUCGCGUUUGAUUAAAAAUAACAUAUUGAACAUAAAUUUUGCAGACGGCAGACAAAAUCAUCAAGAGAAUGAUCAAAUAAGUAGAUCGAUAAUUUCACUAUAUAAUACAUCCUCUUUGGCAAUGUCGAAUAAAAUGUCUAAUUUUGGUAAAGAAAAAAAAUUUCAUCCCACUGAUCCACAAUUCUAUAAGGAAGCGACAGCUUAUCUCGAUAUACUUGGGUUACUGGGUAAAACUAGGAAUCCUCACGUAAAAUAUGCGACUGAUGUAUGGACCACUCAGAAACUAACGGAAUUGUUGCCAUCGCUAAUUUUUACAAGUACAGAAUUUUUUGUACCUACCUUAACAUUUUUGCCAUAUUUUACCGAGGCACCGAGAAUUACAACUUCUAGUAAGAUUGCAGAAAAGAAAAAAAUUUUCGAGGUAACCGAAUCAUCUUUAUAUGAAUACGUAACAGUUACUGAUGUAACUUUUAAAAUAACAAUGUCGACUAUGCUGCCACUACUUUAUAUGACAGAAUUAACAAUUUUUUUAAUGGAAGAAGCUGCAAUAUCAACCACUGAUUUAACUAUGACAUCAGUUGUUGCGAUUACUAUUGAAGUAACUGAAAUUCCCAUCACAGUUUCUAUAAUAGAAAAUUUUACAACCGAAUCUGUUAUUCUAUUAACUCCAUUUUUAGAAGGUAUGACGGAUAUUACUUUAAAGAUUAUGAUUCCUGUAGCUACUAAAACUUCAAUCGAAAAGAUAUCCAUGUUAAUUGCUGUAACCGUGGCUACCGAGAAAAAAAGUAUAGAAACUACAUCGACAGGUCUAGCUACGAAAAUAACGCAAAGUUCAUUUAUUGAAACAAAUAUAUCAUUAUACACAUUCUCAACUGUAUCAUUAUUUGGGACUACACAAACAGAACUAAUGAUUAAAACUACAACUUCUACCAUAUCAAUUUCAACAUUUCUAGCAAUUACAAAAGCUCCUCAAAUUGCAACAUUAGAAUCUACUUCUGGCGAAAGUAUAAUUUUGUAUAAAACUGAAAGUACUACUGCAAUCGCAAGUUCGCCUAUAGCUUUAGAACGAACCGAAACGAUUUUAAGUACAGAAAUUGCAGUAACAACUUUAAUACCGGAGGACGAAAGCCCAGUGUCACAAAUUGAGAAAACCAUAACUGCAGAAGAAACAGCUACAGAAAUUUCAACGUCUAUCGAAACUACAACGCCUACUAAAACUACAAUAAUAACUACUACUGAAAUUUUAACUACUAAAGAAAUUUUAACUCUUGAAACUUCAAUUAUUGAAGGGACUACAAGUACCAAAACUUCAACGCCCAGUAAGACUCUAACGUCUCUUAAAACUAAAACAAUCGAAAUUCCGACAACUGUCCAAACUUCGCCAAUUACUGAGAUUUUAACUAUAGAAACUGCUAUUACCGAAAUUCUACCGAUUAAUAAAACUGUGCUAAUUGAGGAAACACCAACAACUAUCGAAACUUGGACAACUAGUAAGACACUAACGACUAGUAUAAUUCCAACGACUAUAGCUACAAUAACAAUGGAAACUUUAACAUCUACUGAAAUUUGGACAACUCACAAAAUUCCAAUUAUUAAAGAAACUACAGGUGUCAAAAUUUUAACGCCUACUGAAACUCUAAUGCCUACUGAAAUUAAGACAACUUCCGAAACUUCGAUAAUUAUUGAGAUUUCAACAUUUAUAGAAACUGCAACAAUCACUAAAAUUCUAAUGAUUACUGAAACUACAAAAACAACGUUUAUCGAAAUUCCAACAACCAGCGAGAUAUCAACGACUAGUACAAUUCCAAUGAUUACAGAAACUACAGCCAUUACAGAAGUUUUAACACCUACUAAAAUUAGAGUAACUACUAAAAUUCCUACGAUUAAAAAGAUUGUAAAUACUAAAAGUUUAACGCCAACAAUUAUGGAAACUUCAUCAAAUACCGAAACUCAAAUGGUUACCGAAAUUUUCACAAUUACCGAAAAUUUAGAAUCAACAGAAAUUACAGUAAUUUCGACUACGUCUAUUACAACUGUGUUUUUUACAACGACAGAAAAUACUACAUCACUCGUGGCAACGUCCUCGAAAGAAUUUUUUCCUAUAUCAAUUUUGACUACUUCGACUACAAUUUUUACUACGGAAACAGCUGAGAGCAUUUUAAUUUCUUCGACAACACCUGUUAUAAAGCCACUACAAAUGUUAAUUACAAAUACGACGCUAAGUGAAACGCUGUAUACUACGAUUACUAGCAUGUUUUUGACUACGACAAAAGGAAUUAUUACAACUUCUUCCAAAACUACAGUUCCAACUGCGCCAUUAAAAGUAACAACAACAAUGCCAAUAUCACUGGUUACAAGUACGAUGUCAAGUGAAAUACCGAAUACUACGACAGCAUCUUCAUUUGAGACAUUAUACACUAAAGCUAUAUUAUCAGUUUCUGUAACGGUGUUCACAGUCGAAACGUUCUUGACUAUAUCAUCCAGCUUGAUUGUGAACGCUACAGUCUCCAGUACAACUUCUAGUACAAUCACGACAGAAAUCCUCAAAAGUACAAUAUCUUUGCUCACAUAUUUAAUGGUAAUAACACCUAUCACUCAAAUUCCAAUCAAGUCUAUUAUAACUGAAACAACAACUUACGAGACUACGUCUACCCUAGUUACCUCACCUCUUUUAACAGAAAUUAUUAAAGAUACGACAUCUUACGUAAUAGAAUAUGAAGAAACUAAAGAAUCUGAAACAUAUUACUAUAAAACCAUAAAAGAAGAAGUAACGACAAUUACGAGUACAGCUGAACUAACGAAAGAACGUACAAUUUGGAUUACUGCGAAAGAAGUCACCAUCAUCAAACAAACAACACCAAUGACGUUUUGUAUCACAUCAUUUUUUGUCAAAACAACUACAGAAACAACUUCCCUCGUAACCGAAACGAUUACUUUAUCCAUAAUAACUGAAGAAAAUUUAUUGAUUGAAGAAGACGUGACUCCUGGAACAAUAAUCGAGGAAAUAUCGACAUUAUCGGAAGUUACAAUAACAUCCACUGAAACAAGUACAAUGUCAGCAAUAGAAACAUGUAUUAUGAAUACCAGUUUAGUACUCACAACAGCCGCGACAACUGCAUCAAUUUUUAAAGAAACUGCGACAGAAAUUACAGAGACAAGUUUAAUAACAACUACUACUACAACAACUACAUUGUUGCCAACUAUUGAAAAAUUGGAAUAUGCAACAAUUUUAGAAGCUGUAGUUACUGUGACGAUUGCUCCAUUUUCCGAAUUUAUUUUAUCAAUAAUAGUUACGUCUGUGACUACGCCGAAAAUUAUUUUUACAUUGCCAAAAACUGAAUCGGAAAAGUUUACGAUGUCAAUAACUGAAAGUCCAAUAACAUACGCUACACAAAGUUCUAUAUUAUUUAUCGAAACAACCAUCUAUCCCAUUAUUUCAAUAUUGACAGCAACUACUGAAGAAUCGCCAGAAGCUGAGACAGAAUGUUAUGUAGCAAAAGAACCAUUUUAUGAAGAGGAAAGAUAUGAAGAAUACGAUACUGAAAUACCGACUGACAGGUGGUAUUAUUAUGACGAUUACGAAACCAUGACAAAAGAAACAUCUGUGACAGAAAAAUAUACGAAAUUAUUUAAACAAAAGACAACCAGUCCGACUUUUACUCAAGGCACAACGAUAACUUUAUAUAAAAUAGAAACUUCAGAGUUUAUAAAAUAUCCAACACCUUCUGAAGCUGCGACUUACAUUAAUGUGACUUCAACUGCGGCUAUUUCAGGAAUAUCUUAUACAUAUAUCGAAAAAGUUACUUCAACUUCUACCUUAGAAACGUCUACAUCGACUACAGUUCAGAAGGUAACGACAGUUAAAGUAGAAAUUGAGUUCACAGCUUCCACUGCAAACAAACAGAUAGAAUCGACAAUGACAUGGCCAAUUUUUAGUUCUACUGAAGAAUACACUCUUCCUCUUUCAACAAUUUUCAAAAUUCCGACGGAACCACUUGAAUAUUUAACAAUUCCUCCCAAGUACACGGAUAUAGAACGGUUCACGCGAAUAUGGCAUAUUACCUCGCCAAAAUUCAUUACAAAGCCUAAAGAAAUUCUAAAGAUUGCAUUGAAAAAGACUACGACUCCAGAACAAGUUUCAGAGACUGAGGUUGCCGAGGAAAAGUUAACUUCUUUUUUCAUCUUAUCAACGCUAACGACGUUACCAGAAAGGGAAGUUAUUGAAAUGCACGUAACAACCAUGAGUAUUGCAUCUUUUGAAAUGAAAGAUAUUAUCGAAACCGCUUAUAAAAUCUGCACUUCAGCGAUGACGGAAAAAGAAACUAUUCCGAGUGUAACACCAAUUAUCACAUCCGAAGCUGAAAUUGAACUUGUAUUUACUACGAUAAGCAAAACUGUUGAACGAGAACAGAAAGAACAGUUACUACAGAGACUUGAGAAUCUCAAAGAGCAUGAGAGAAAGAUAACGGAGAGAGAAGAAAGGCUGAAGGAAAGAGAAAGACAAUGGAACAUAGAAAAAGAAAAACGCAAAAAAAUAAUGCAACCUGAGAAACAGAGAGAUAAGAAUAUUACAAUAAUAACGGGUAUAACCGAAAGCUAUGCUACAACAGCUGCUAUCAGUAUCUUGAUUACAUCUCCUAUCUAUACUAUUGGUACAAAAAAUUUAACUGUGUCGACUACAGAAAUUGAAAUUACAUCCCCUGAUUUCGAGACAUCUACUACUAUGUUAAGUUUAAUCGAAAUUACUACGGUUCCAACAGAAACAAUUCUAUUUAGUAUCACAGAAGAAAUCACAUUCGAGACAUAUACUACGGAAAAGACGGAGGAAGCAACUACAGCAGGAAGUACAUUUGUGACAUAUACUACAAAAGAAACAGUUACAUCUUACACUAUAGAGAAAAGCACAUCUAUCACACACAUUACAAACGAGAUGGAGGAAGUGCAAAUUACAGAUUAUAUAACUUUAACGCCGUAUGUUACUACGAUAUCUAUCAUUGAUUUAUAUAAUACCGGUUCAACGUCAAUUGAAAGUACAAUUCUGUGUACUAUUAAAGAAAUGUAUACUGCAAGUUAUGUAUUUGAAAUGACUCCAUUCAGUACAACAGAGGAAAUCAUAUCUGUGACGUAUACUACAGAGAAGAUAGAGGAAGUAAUAGAAAAAAUUACAUUUACGCCAUACGCUAUCGAAGAAAUAAAGGAAGCAAUUACGCCUUACAUUACGGAAAAAAGCAUGUCUAUUACAUAUCUUACAGAAGAGAUAGAGGAAGUGCAAUUUACGGAUUAUGUAACCUUUACGCUACAUAUCACUACAUCUGUUAUGGAUUCAUAUAGUGUCGACUUAGUUGCAAUUGAAACUACGACACCUUAUACUGUUAGAGAAAUAUAUACUACGAGUUACGUGACUCUUUACAGUGAACCUUUAUUCGUUUCACCUAUCAUUACUAGUCCAAUUGCAUUAGUCACCGAUAAAUUAAUUACUUUACCUACAUUUAGUGCAAAAUUUGAAGAAAUCAGUAUAACUUCAGUUGCAACCCCCACGUGGCACACUACAGAAGAAACAUACAUAGCAACUUAUACAGAUAUUUAUGGCAAACCUUUAUUCACUUCAUCGGGAUUAGAGUUUACGAUCACUUUAUCGACUAUGGCUAUUAACACGAUUACACAGGUAAAAUACGAUGAGGAAAUAGAAAAAUUGAAAGAAGAAUUGCGCAAGAAGAAGCGCGAAUUAGAAGAGAGACAAAAGAUUUUGCUGGAAAGAGAGGAAAAAUUAGAGAGAGAUAUAAUGGAAUUCAACAAAUACAUAAAAGAAUUUGAAAAGAAAAAGGCAUCAAUUAUACCGUCUGAGAAAUCAACAAGUUUAUCAACGCCAAUACCGCCAACUGAAAGGACCACUAUAAAAGCUCAAUUAACAAUGGAGGUUAAAAGAAUAACUGAAAAGAAAGAAAAUCGGACGAUUACAAAGAUGGAAACUACUCAACAUAUAGAAAUAAAAGACAUGAAAGACAAGAAACAAACAAAGUAUAUUCAUGAAAAAACUGUCACACAGAAAGGAGAACAAAUAAUGACAAAACGAGUGUGUCUAAAUGUUUUAAAAAACACAACGGUUCCUUUCGAUAAAAUAAGAAGAGAUAUUGUAACCAAAAAGAUCUGUCUGCCGUACUUUUCUGAAAAAAAUGAAGAGAAGAAAUCAGUCGCUAGAUUAAGCAGAAGGCUUUUCGCUUUACCAAGUACGAAAAGAAUUAAAAGACCGAGAUGGAAUGUUCCAUCAUUUCGGUAUCGCAGAAGAAUAAAAGAGACUACUCGCAACAUUGACAAUCUGCAGUUGUCGCAUUAUGAAUGGCUGAGCAACAAUACCACUAAGCCACUGCAAUACUUUAAAGGUUUCACUAGAAUUUAUAGAAAAAUGAAGAAAUUUCCAAAAAAGGUUGUAAUGCAAAGCAAUUCGACUAACAAUUUUCAAGAUAGAGCUUUUCUAUAUAAGCAACAUAUUUUUAAUCAUAAAAAUAUCUUCCAACCGACUGCAACGUCCAUGUUGGAUAGUAAAAAAUAUGAAAAGAGAAAUGCAUUCAGAUACGAUUUUAUUUCUACAAAAAAAAGUGACUGUUCUAUUGACGACAAAGCAAGUGUCCAAAAAAGAAACGUUUCAUCGAUAGAGAACAAUAAACGGUUUUGGUCAAAGAAAAAUACAGCUAAUGUUUUAAAUCAAAAAGCAAUAACUGCAGCCGAAGAAGAUGAAGUUUAUACGGUAAACGUGUUACAUCUUAAUUACAAUGAGGAUAAACAAACGCAUGAAGUAAUAUUUGCUAAACCAGAUCAAGAUGAAUUAACAGCAAUUUUAUCUGAAUCAAAUGAUGAUAUUUAUGUAACUCAAUUUGGGAAAGAUAGAAAAAUUACCACGCUAAACUAUGAGAUUGAAGAGAAAAAUGAAGAUAACAAACUAUCAGAUAAAUUGGAGAAAAAAAUGGAAGAGUAUAAUGAUUACAUCGAGGAUUUGGUAGAAGAUUAUAUGAAUUAUGAAGAACAUGAAACAUCAACACGAAUACAUGAUGGAAGAUUGUUAGACAACAAAAAUAAGAAUAAAAUAAUGACAGAAGAAGAAAAAGAAUUAUUGAAUCAAGCGUGGCCCACUGAGAAAAGUACAAUGUAUCAUUUAGGCGGUACUAAAUUUUGGGAGCUCGAUUUUGUUACGGAACCAUCAGUUGUAUUACGUAUAACUGAUAAAAAUGAAACAAUUGAUGGGUCGAUCAUCAAAACGACCUGUUUUGAUGUUGUUCUUGAAAAUAAAAGUAAUGAUAAGAUACAAUCUAAUAUAUCUUAUUAUAAGCGCCACAUUAAUAGCAAUGGGAUGACGAAACAUGUUUCUAUUGAAAAACGAGAUGCUAGUUUUAAAAACAUAACGAGAAUGAAUGUAUUGAGUUACAAGUUAAGAACGAAGCAACUCAGGAUGGUAACAAAGAAAUUAAAACGCGAGUCGCAAAAGCACGGACCAAAUCAUUAUAAACGGGGAAGUUUCGAAAAAAAAAGUACAGUUAGAUUUAACAAUUUCCGGCGUACCAGCAGCAAAGAUUCGACAGCAAAAAAUCGCAAACUAUGCACUGUUAAUGCGAAUAAAUCGAAGCGUCAAAUUGUUAGACACAUAGAUAUAAACAAGCAGAAACAACUAGCAAAAUCGCGAACAUUACAAAAUUUACAUUCCCUUCAUAAUAAAAUCGUGAAUAAAAAAAAUGAAUAUCAUAAAACAACAACCGUCAAUCAAUAUCUUCAAAUCAAAAUAAGCUUCUCAUUAGACGAAAUUAAGAUACUUAAUUGCAGCGAAUAUAAAGAGAUCGAGGAUAAGAUAGUGAUCUCAAUGGAUUCCGAUACAGAGGAAGCUAGAGAAUUUCCCCAACCGCAUUACAACACCGAAUCGCUCAAGGGACAGAAAUAUAUUAAACUGGAAGAAUUAAAGGACAAUUUCAAAAGCAACUCGGAACUUGACAGCGAUAACGAUAUUAUCUCAUUACCCGGUCUUAAUCUCAAUUUACCCUGUAAUCAAGACAGCAAUGGUAUCACAUGGCUAUCAAGUGUUAGCAGACCGAGUUACACGUGGAAAAGAACGGACGGCAUUGCGCUCUUCGGUUUCGUAGCGGAAAACGGCGAUUUGGAAUUACGAAAUGUGAACGCAAAAGACACAGGGAAUUACACAUGUGUCAUGACAUACAUGAGUCCUGAUAACGAGGAAUCCGUGGAAACCACUUACGAGGUCCAUUUGCGAGUUGUCACGCUGCCGAGGUAUAUUCUGCACGGAGAAAAUCGUUAUCAUGUACGAUCUUGCGAUGAAGGAGACUUGGAUGUACUAGUAACAUAUCUACCCCGAAAAUUGAACAAUAUUAUAUGUGAGGCAGAUGUCUGCAAUGCUUACGUCUUAACGCCGUCUUGCUCCCGAAAUCAAAUUACAAUAAAUAUUCUGAUAGUGCCAUCGCAUAUCAUUAAACUAAUGAUGGUCGAUCCAAAACGCUGCAAUGUCUUCUGUCUUAAAACCAUUCAAGAUAAACUCUCGCUGAUACUAAGUAAAAAUCUGCAAAUCUUCUUAGGAAAGACUGUUAUUUUCAGAUUACCGCAUUACGAGCAGAGACUGGUGCCGAUCGUUGAAAAAUCGUCGUUCGCAAGACGGAAGAGAGGGAAAACCGAUGCAAACGUGUUCACCGGGAAGUCCAGUAAUAUCGGUUUAUUCUCCAGCUGUCCAGCGGGAUAUGGUCUUCGUGAUACACAUUGUGUUCCUUGUAACGUGGGCACUUAUAGCGAGGACGGAAUAUCGCACUGUAAAAGAUGCCCAUCCGGUACGUAUCAACCGUAUCACGGCGCCAGACUUUGUCGGACGUGUACUAAUCCAAUGACAAAAGGUUGUUACAAUAUGCUCUGGAAUUCUUUCUCUGCUGUAAUAGUAACUCUGGCGAGUAUUGGCGCGAUACUGUCGAUAUGUUUGCUGUCAUUAUGGAUAAUUUGUUGCGUUAAGAAGAAAUUCCGCAUAAAGCGAAUAGCUGAUCUUAUUGCCAGAGAAAAUAAAUUUAAAGGAGAGAAACAUAUGAAGGAGCAACCAUUGAUUAAGAAUACAAGUGAAAAUGAAGAACAGCAAUGGGAUAGCGAGUACAAAAUCAAGAAAAAGAAAGGAAAGUUCUAUUUAUACGAAGAUGAAUGGGAAUCACAUCCUAUAAAGAAUGUCCCAAUAAGUAGUCCAGACUUUUAUCGAUCUCAUGAAGAUUAUAACAAUCAUUAUUCAAAGAGGUUGUGUCAUAAAGGACCGCGCUUGCCAGAAUGUGAUUUUGAUACAUGACAAAAAACACAC